CGCUGGAGAAGAACGUGGCCGAGCUGACCGUGAUGGACGUGUACGACAUCGCGUCGCUCGUGGGCCACGAGUUCGAGCGGGUCAUCGACCAGCACGGCUGCGAGGCCAUCGCGCGCCUCAUGCCCAAGGUCGUGCGCGUCCUGGAGAUCCUCGAGGUGCUGGUCAGCCGCCACCAUGUCGCGCCCGAGAUGGACGAGCUGCGCCUGGAGCUAGACCGGCUGCGCCUGGAGAGGAUGGACCGCAUCGAGAAGGAGCGCAAGCACCAGAAGGAACUGGAGCUGGUGGAGGACGUGUGGCGAGGGGAGGCGCAGGACCUGCUCUCCCAGAUCGCCCAGCUGCAGGAGGAGAACAAACAGCUCAUGACCAACCUCUCCCACAAAGACAGCAGCAUCUCUGAGGAGGAGUUCCAGAAGCAGGAAGGCAUGUCCGACCGAGAACGGCAGGUGAUGAAGAAGCUGAAGGAGGUGGUGGACAAACAGCGGGAUGAGAUCCGCGCCAAGGACCGGGAGCUCGGCCUGAAGAACGAGGACGUGGAGGCUCUGCAGCAGCAGCAGACCCGGCUGAUGAAGAUCAACCAUGACCUUCGGCACCGGGUCACGGUGGUGGAGGCCCAAGGGAAGUCCCUGAUCGAACAGAAGGUGGAGCUGGAGGCUGACCUGCAGACCAAGGAGCAGGAGAUGGGACGCCUGCGGGCCGAGCUCGGGAAGCUCCGAGAGAGGCUGCAGGGCGAGCCCAGCGAGAACGGAGCGGAGGAGACCCCCGAGGUGGAGCCGGGCGCUGAGGAGGACGUGUCCGAGGCGGACAAGCUGGCCAUGGAGCUGAAGGACCCCAACCGCCCCCGGUUCACGCUGCAGGAGCUGAGGGACGUACUGCAUGAACGUAACGAGCUCAAGUCCAAGGUGUUCAUGCUGCAGGAGGAGCUGGCCUACUACAAGAGUGAGGAGAUGGAAGAAGAAAACCGGAUAUCUCAGCCUCCGCCUGUCACGCACUCUAAGAUAUCCCCUCAGCCGGAGUCUGGCAUCAAGAGACUGAUCUUUACAGCCAUAAUGCCCAUGGUGGCAGCUGGACUGAUCAUAGACGACCCCACGCUGCAGCCCGUGCGAGGACUUAUCGCCCUUAACACCAGGAUCGGCACCCCAGUUUUCCCUCCUUCGGCCCGAGUUGAACGCUCCCUGCCCCCUGCGUUUACUGCUUCUCUUCCUGAGCUCAGCGUGACGAGGUUUAGCUUCUUCUCCCGGGACAAAAAGCGCCUGGCCAACGCGCAGAGGAGUGUGCACAUCCACGAGUCCUUCGGCCAGUGGGCGAACUCCCAGCGGGACGAUGGCUACACAGAGCAGGGACAGGAGGCCCUGCAGCACCUGUGA